AUCAGCUUCCUCCCUUUGGGCUCUUGUUCUGAGAUGACAAAGAAGUAAGGUGACAGAACAGUAGGCAGUGGAGACCCGUUUCAGGUGACGCAAUGGAUGGCUCCGCCCACUGCCCCUAUGCUAAGCGCUGCCCGCCGUCUUGCAACCUCCGCCAGGGAGCGCCACCUAGUCCAGCUUCAUCCGGGUUCCUGAGACUCGGAAGUUGGCACCGUAACCAGGACGAGGACGAGGACUGAGCUUGAUCUGACUCCGGGAACCUCCCACGAGGAGAAAUAUGUCGGACGAAGAGGAUCUGGACGACUUGGAGCCAGAACAGGAUGAACAGGAGAGAGAAGACGAUAAGGAUGCGGAGGAGUGGGAAGACUACAGGAAAGAGGGGGAAGACUUGCCGGAAGAAUGGCUGCCCACGCCCCUGACGGAGGACAUGGUGAAGGAAGGGCUAUCUAUGCUCUGUAAGACGGGCAAUGGGCUGGCGCACGCUUAUGUGAAACUGGAUCUUAAAGACAGAGACCUGACAGACAUCUCCUUGCUGUGCUCCUACAUCCAUCUGCGCUAUGUGGAUGUCUCUGAGAACCACCUGACAGACCUGGCGCCGCUCAAUAAUCUCACUCACCUGCUGUGGCUCAAGGCCGAUGGCAACCAGCUGCGGAGUGCCCAGCUGAAUGAGCUGCCUUACCUGCAGAUUGCCAGCUUUGCCUACAACCAGAUCUCCAACACUGAAGGCAUCUGUCACCCUCGCCUAGCGAGCCUGGAUCUCAAAGGGAACCGCAUCCAGGCAGUGACCGGUCUGGACGCGGAGAAGCUGAAGAGCCUGCACACCCUGGAGCUCCGCGGGAACCAGCUAUACACCACCACAGGCAUCAACCUGCCCAAGCUGAAGAAGCUCUUUCUGGCCCAGAACAUGCUGAAGAACAUGGAAGGCUUGGAGAACUUAAGCGAUCUCACCACCUUACAUCUUCGAGACAACCACAUUGAAUCUCUGAGCGGCUUCUCCAAGGAGAUGCAGUCACUGCAGUACCUCAACUUGAGGGGCAAUGCAAUAACCAGUCUGGGGGAGCUGGCCAAGCUGCGGGACCUGCCCAAGCUGCGUGCUCUGGUGCUGCUGGAGAACCCGUGCACGGAUGAGACUGAAUACCGCCAGGAGGCCCUGGUGCAGAUGCCACACCUCGAGCGCCUGGACAAGGACUUCUUUGAGGAGGAAGAGAGAGCUGAGGCCAAGGAGAUCCAUCAGAGGAUGAAAGAGGACCAGGAGCAGGAGGCCAAGGCUGAGCAGGACCUGGAGCCAGACCAGCCGUCCGUGUAGCAGCGGUCCUGCCUCUGUGCACAGAAAGGAAAGCAGCAACUGCGGCCCUGACCCAAAGACCUGAUGAAACUGUGGGUUCGGGUGGGGACCCACAUUCACCCUCAAACGUCAUCGUGGGGCACAAACUGGGGCAACAAGGAGACAGAGUACACCCCCUCUGCCCCAGAGCUGGAGAUGCCCGGGCACAGCGGUGGGCACGGGGGCAGUUUGCUGGGUGUUUGCCUGGAGCCUGCCAGGGCCUCAGGGACAGACAGUUGGGGGUUUCAAAUAAAGAGACCUUUUUGCACUCCUGGCCUAACCAGCUUUGAGACACUGCCUCGAUCACGAUGCCGGCAGCACUUGUCUGCCGCACUUGUCUCCUCGGAGUGGCCACCCCGCCCCUCGGUACCCCCACGGCCCCCCGCGGGUUAGUACUUGGGCCUCAGCCGGCAGCUCC